AUGAGAAUUUUUAUCAAGAUAUAUGCAGACGACCUAAAGUCUCCCAGUUCCACAUACCCUCUUUAAUUAAAAGGCACUAUCAAGGAUAUCACUAUUGGCUAGCUCAAGCAUGAGAUCGAGAAUAAUAUACUACCUUAGAUUCUACAAAGAAACUAAAUCAUCUCUAUAAAAAAGAGUGUUGUCAUUAUGAGAAUAGACCACAGUGACUCAGUUACUCUUGAAUAAGCGGGUAUUACUGACGGAAUCAAAAUUCAUGUGCAAGACUAGUAUAGUCUGAACCAAAAAUCAAAGUUUAUGAGCCAGAAUUUUCACUAGGACUAGAGUCAUAUUCCUUAGACAAAUGCUUAAUCUUUUAUUGUCUCGUCAAGUCCUUAGCAAAAACCUGAUCUAGCCUAUGUAGACGAAAUCCUAAUAAAAUUUCUUGAAUUCAAUCAGCUGUUUGAGUUCAUCGAUGUAUUCUAAAUGUAUCACAUACAAGGUGCAAAUAUGCAAUAAAAUUUGGACAUCAACAGAUGUAUUCAUAACGCCCCUUAGCAAUCAAUGGAAGGAAAAUCAUAUCUGCAUCUUGCUGUGGAAAGAAAGCAUAAGCAAAUUAUUGCAUAUUUGCUAUUCGAUGCAAAAUUAGACCCUAAUAGGCUUACUGAAGAAACGGAAAUGUCCGCAUUACAUAUUGCAGUUUAGAUGAAGUCAAGUGAUGUCAUUGAAUUACUAUUGACUCAUGAUAAAACUGAAAUAGAUAUUUAAAGUAGUAUUCAUGGAACUCCUCUCCACCUCGCAUGCAGAGGUGGCUCAGUCAAGAUUGUCUAGUAGCUCUUAUUAAAUAAUGCAGAUUUAAGCAUUAAAAACAAUAAAUUCAAGACUGCAAAAGAAGUGACAAAUAAUCAAAGAAUCAUCUACUUAAUUGAGAAGUAUGAAAAGCGUAACAAAACAAAUAAUAGCUCAUUUUUAUCGACCUAGUCUGAGGAAGAAAAGGAGAGUUCAGAUAAAAAGUAAAUGCCUUUUUAAUCAGCUAACUAAUCAAGUAUAAAAGCUCCCUUGAUGGAUUGCAUAACUGAGGAAGAUAUUAUGUAUGAAGAAGAGGAGAUAGAAAAUUAAGCUGGAGGAGUAUUAGAUUAAGCUGAAGAAUUUAUUCAGGAUUUUUCAUGUUCAAGAAUUGAACUCGUUCCAACAAUUAGAGGAAGCUUGUUAGCGUAAGGUAAUUUAAAAAAGAAGCAAAAGUAAUUAUACUUUGUACUUAAGCCAUCGAAGGGCUAAUUAUUAAAGUUUGAGAAGAAAGAUCAUUAUGAUAAAUUGAUCAAAGGGUAAUCUCAAGAUGAAAAAAUUUUCAGGAAAUACAAUAUUGAAAUCAUAUAUCUCAAGAAUAUCUUAAGUAUUUAUCCAAGCUUUUAAAAUCAGUUUAUUAACAAAGGCUAGCAUGCUCUAGAGAUGUGUUGCUAUAAUGAUCUAUUGACAAAGGCUAAGAAAUUUUAUGAAUGGUACAAGACUAUACUAGACUUAUUAGGAGAAGAAGAUAAAUUAACUGAAUAGAUAAAGUACAAGCUUUAAGAAAUAGAAGAAUUUUGUGAUUCUUAUUGUGACACUGAAAUAAAGGACAUACCUUUCAUAGAAUAGAAGCAGGCUGAAAUAAAUAACAGACAAAGACUUGAAAGGAUUAAAGAGAUUAAUUAAAACUUAAAGAAGGAGGAAUACAUUGAAUCCUAGAACGGGAGUAACUCUAGUAAGCAUAAUGUCUCAGACUGGGAUUAAUAUGCAUCUUUUACCAAAGCAUCAAGGACUGCAUCAGAUUUGAAUUUCAAGCCAAUAUUUAAAGACUUUGAAAUAUUAGAGUAAAUUGGAGAAGGGUCCUUUGGCAGAGUCUUCAGAGUUAAACUAAAAUAAACAGGAGCAGAAAUGGCUAUGAAAGCAAUGAAAAAGCAAUUUUUAAUUUAAAACUCGCAGAUCAAAUAUGCAGUAAGUGAGUGUAAAAUUAUGCAGACUCUCGAGCAUCCAUUUUUACUAAGAAUGAAUUAUUCACUUUAAACUCCUCAGCACUUAUACAUGAUUACAGAGUACUGUAAGAAUGGAGAUUUAUCCUAUCAUCUUGAUUAGCUUCAAUUCCUCGAUGAGAAAAUAGCAAAGUUUAUCAUUGCUGAAUUGACACUAGCAAUAGAAUACUUACAUUCAAAUAAUAUAAUAUACAGAGAUCUAAAACCAGAAAAUAUUUUGAUUGAUAAUUAAGGCCAUGUAAGAUUAGCUGACUUUGGUUUAGCUAAAUAAGGACCAGAUGAGAAAACUCAAUAAAAGAAAGGAUAAGCCUUCGUAGCAUAAAGCUUUUGUGGAAGUCCAGCUUAUCUUGCCCCUGAAAUGCUUAAACAGCAAGGAAUCACAUCAGCAGGUGAUGUAUAUCAAAUCGGAGUUGUUCUCUAUGAGAUGCUAGUUGGCAUGCCUCCCUAUUAUAAUGAUAACAUCAAGGUCCUAUAUCAAAACAUAGAGAAAGGCAAACUUAAAAUACCUAAGUAUUUGACUAAUGAAGCUAAAAAGUUCUUACUGAGAAUUUUAAAUAAGGAUCCAAAGAAAAGACCUUCUCUUAAGGAAGUAAAAAAGGAUGCUUUCUUUUCUGAUAUUGACUGGACUAAACUUGAGAAUAAGCAAAUCCCACCACCAUAAAUUCUAAAGAAGUAUUCAGAGUAUGAUGAUAGUGAUGAGGAGGAUAAAGAAGAAACAAAACAAGCGGCUGAUCUGCCUAUUAAGAAGCUAGACAAACUUGUAAUAAAUAUUUAAUUGUUAACUUCAGGAAUAGGAAAUGAUGUUUGA